AUGAAUUCUAGCACGCACGUCAUUCAGGUGACAAACGUCUCCCCGAGCACAACCUCGGAACAAAUGAGGACUCUCUUCGGCUUUCUGGGAAACAUAGAAGAGCUCAAACUCUUUCCGCCUGAUGACUCUCCCUUGCCUGUGACUUCACGUGUGUGUUUUGUAAAGUUCCUUGAGUCUGAGUCAGUGGGAGUCUCCCAGCACUUGACCAACACUGUCUUCGUGGACCGGGCCUUGAUUGUGGUGCCGUUCGCAGAAGGAGUCAUUCCCGAUGAAUCUAAAGCCAUGUCGCUGCUAGCGCCAGCCAACGCCGUGGCGGGAAUGAUGCCAGGGGCAGGCCUUCUUCCAACACCUAAUCCUCUGGCUUCGAUGGGAGGAACACCGUUUGGUGGGCUCGGAGCUCCCAACCUGGAGCAGAUGGCUGCGAUGGGAAUAGCAGGACCGAACGUGAGCCCCCAGGCGCUUUCUGCAGACUUCCUCAAGCUCAUGCAAUCCAUGGAUCCAAAGUUAAAUCCACUUGCAGCUGGGCUGAAUCUAAAUCCCGGCUUGAAGAAUGACGGUGCCAACAAAGAAAUCGAAGAGGCCAUGAAGCGAGUCAGAGAGGCUCAAUCCCUCAUUUCUGCCGCCAUCGAACCAGGAAGUAAGAAAGAUGACAAACGCAAACGUUCUCGAUCUCGCUCCCGAUCACGGCGCAGGCGGUCCAGAUCUCGCUCAAGACACAGGCGCUCCCAGAGCAGAUCUCGGCGGAGGUCCCAUUCGAGGAACAGGAGGAGGUCCAAGAGCCCACGAAGGAGGAGGUCCCACUCUCGUGACAGAAGUCGACGCAGCAGAUCGAGAGACAGGAAGGAGGAAAAGUCCAAGAAAAGGUCAAAGACUCCACCCAAGAGUUACAGCAGUGUGAGGAGAUCUCGCAGUGUCAACCGGAGGCACAGGCGAAGCUGCAGUGUAUCCAGAUCCCCAAAGAAGCACUUGACUCGGUCUCCAUCGCCCAGACGGCAUAAGAAGGAGAAGAAAAAGGACAAGGAUCGUGAAAAGGAGCGCGAUCGAGAGCGGCGGGAGCGAAGGGACCAAAGCAGAGACCAGAGAGAGCGCUCGUCCAGUAAAAAGAGCAAAGACAAGGAGCGAGACCGUGAACACAAGUCAGACGGUGAUAAAGGCGACGUCAAGGUGACACGGGAUUACGACGAAGAGGAGCAAGGUUACGACAGUGAAAAGGAAGUGGAGGAAGAUGACGAGGAGGAGGAGAGGAAGAGCGACUCGGACAGCGCCUCGUCGCCAAAAUGUCUAAACAAGACUAGGGGGGGCCUGGGGUACACCCUCAAAAAGUCCAGAGUGAACGGAGACGAUCACUAUCAGCGAGACAUGGAAAUGAGUGACUAA